AAAGGCGCGGGACGCUGAAGCACCGCCCUUGGCCCCAAAUCCAAAUGCGGAUUGGCUGACGAGACGCUUCACUCUACCAACCUUUCAAGCCGCGAUUGGCGAAAAGUCGCGUGAGGGAAGGUCGAGGAGGGGAGGAGGGAACGUCUAUCGCGCCGGCUAUAUAAAGUCCGCGGGUGCCCGCUUUUCUUUCUGCUGCGCCGCGCUCGCCCCUGUUAGGCCGUCAACGCCGGUGCUAAAGCCACCACCGCUUUUAUUAUUUUUUCUUCCCCCCCCUCCUCACUCGAUUCAUUCCCGCAAUGGCCAAUCCUUGCGUCUUCUUCGACGUAUGCGCUGAUGGCGAUCCUCUGGGGCGCGUCACUUUCGAGUUAUUUGCAGACAAAGUUCCAAAGACAGCAGAGAACUUCCGUGCCUUGAGCACUGGAGAGCAGGGGUUCGGUUAUAAAGGAUCCUGCUUUCACAGAAUCAUUCCGGGGUUUAUGUGCCAGGGUGGUGACUUUACUCGCCAUAAUGGAACAGGUGGCAGAUCUAUUUACGGUGAGAAAUUUGCUGAUGAGAACUUCCUCCUCAAGCACACAGGCCCUGGCAUCUUGUCUAUGGCUAAUGCUGGACCCAAUACAAAUGGGUCCCAGUUUUUUAUUUGCACAGCCAAGACCGACUGGCUGGAUGGGAAACAUGUGGUCUUUGGCCAGGUGAAAGAUGGAAUGAACAUUGUGGAAGCAAUGGAGCGCUUUGGAUCCAGGAACGGCAAGACAAGCAAGAAGAUCACCAUCUCUGACUGUGGGCAGCUGUCAUAAAAUUCCUUUGUCUUAACCAAUCAACCAUUCCUUCUGUAGCUGGGGUUAGCACACCACCUGGAGUGCUUUAGUCCCCUGUAACCCUUGUGCUCCUGACUUACUGCUGCUUUUUUAUUGGGUUUCAAUUUCUGCUCCCUCACAAGUCCAGCUGGACUGAAGACAAGUUUGUUUGCAAAUGAAUAAAACAAGUUAAACCACA